CAUAAAGGGCUGACAGGCAUCAUUCAAGAGACGAACGCAAAGUCGACACUGACACAUCCUGCCCGGCAAAGCUCUACUUUUCAGGCUUUCCACGUUCGCGACCCGAAACAUCAUUUGAUCCAGGCGGGAAUGCGCGCAUACUUGCCCUGAGCAGGCCAAAGCGGGACCAGCGGACGUGGGGAAGCAUCUAUUGCGUGUCCCUGAGGCCGCAUCUGACGCAGCCUGCAUUUCACAUCCUGUGACAUGCCCAGCACAUCAACGAGCUCGGGCCGGCGCAAGCGCAGCCGCAGCCGGAGCAGCAGCAGCAGCGGCCGCAGCAAGAGCAGCAGCGGCACCACCAGCAGCUCCAGCCGUGGGGACCGCGGCCGCCGCAAGGCCGCGGCCUCAGGCCGACAAGACGAAACAGCGGGAACCGGAGGCGGCGGCGGCGCACAGGACCGCAGCGGCCGCGGCAACGACGAAAGCCGCGGCGGCAGCGGCGGAGGGCCGGGUGGCGGCGGCGGUGGCGCGGCCGGUGGCGGCCACGGGCCGCGUGACGGCGGUUAUGGCCGCUCUACCUAUGCAGAUCGCGAGCCGGAGGGCGCCGGCGGCGGCGCUGGCGGCGGCCCCAGCCCGGAGCAGCAAUGGCGCAACGGCGGCGGUGGCGGCGGCGGGGAGGAUGGCUGGCGUGGGUGGGAGGGCGGCGGCGGAGGUGGUCGGGGCGGCCGAGGCGGAGGCGGCGGCGGCGGUGGGCGGGGCAACCCGCCAGCACCCGCGUUAUCCAGACCAGGCGCCCUACGAUGCAGACCAGACCACGCCGUCAGGUCGGCGGCCGCGAGCCGCCGCCUCCGCCGGCGCGCCGCCGCCUGGUUACGAAGCCGCUCCCGGCGGCGGCGGAUCCGCCCGUCGCGGGCCGGCGCCGCGUCCCGACGUGGAGGGCGACUGGGAGCGCGGCGGCCGCGGCUAUGAGGGCGGCGGGCCGCCGCCGCGCCGCAACCCGCCGCCGCAGCAGGCGGAGGAUUACCCCGCCGAUGAGGAUGGUGCGGUGGCGGCGCCGCCGUCGGCGGCGCGGCGGCGGCCGCCGCCGGACUGGGAGGGUGGCGGCCGCCCGCGGCCGGGGCCGGGCCCCCGGCAGGGCAAUCCCGAGGACUGGCAAGGCGAGGACGAGUUCACGGGGAGAGGCCGCGGCAGUGGCGGCGGCGGCGGCGGUGCCGCUGCUGGCUGGGAGCGGGAGCGUGGCCGGCCGCGGGAGCGGGAGUGGCACGGCGAGGGGCGCGAGUGGGGCGGCGACGGUGUGGAGGGCGGGGCGCGUGACGGGCCCUGGGGCAGAGAGCGGAGCCGCGGGCGGAUCCCGUCCCCAGAGGGCUACAGGCGGCCUGUCCAUGCUGCUGCCGCUGAGCCCGGAUGGGGUCCCCGCCGCGACGGGCCCGUACGGCCGGGUUACGUCGCAGCUGGCGGAGAUGACGAAUACGGCGGCGGCGGCGGCGGCGGCGGUUACGAGCCGCGCCGUGUGAGCGGCGGCGGCGGCCCAGGCCCGCGGCAGGGGCCGCCGGGGCGCGCCUGGGGCCGCGGCGGGGAGGAGGACUGGGGCGGCAAGGGCGGCGCCGCGGAGCCGACGCCGGCGGGCGGCCGCGGCGGCGGCGGCCGUGGCGGCGGCUACCCGCCGGCCCGCCGUUGGCCGCCGCCAGAGUACUACGAGGACGGGCCCCGUGAUGAGUACGGCGGCGGCGGCGGCGGCGGCGGCGGUUGGCGGGAGCCGGCGGCGCGGCGCGGCCCACCUCCGGCGGCGGAGCCGCUGCCGCACGCGGACGCGGACGCCGACGUCGACGCCGCCGGGCCGCCGCGCGGGCGCGGGCGCGACAUGCACCGCCGCAGCGCCGCCGCAGAUGACGGGUACGACGUCGAUGUGGCGGCGCCGCCGCCGCGCGCCCGGGCUCGGUCCAUGUCGAGGCCGCCGGUCGCGCGCGGCCGCUCCGGCUCUCCUGACCUGGCGUAUGCCGGGGACGUCAUCAGGCCUGACGGCGCCGUCGGGCCGGCGGCGCAGCGGCAGGGGCCGUCGCCCCAGUGGGCCGCGGAGCGCGGCCGCCGCGUCAGCGGCGGACCUGGGCCUGGACCCGUCGGGCCAGACAUGGAGGCGGCGGCGCCGCCGUCGGGCGGCCCCCGGCCGCACCCACAGGGCCCGUGGCGGCCCCAUGGCGGCGGCCCGGCGGGUCGUCCCGCUGAGGGCGGCGGCGGGCGAGGCGGUUGGGACGAGCGCGAGCGCGAACCAGCACCCGGGCCCCGAUGGGCCGCGCGGCGCGAUGGAGGGGCCGAGUACGACGAGGAGGAAGUCGAAAGGCCGCGCGGCCCGCCGCUGCAACCCGUGCGCGGCGGUUACGACGAGCCGCCGCCACGCGGCCGUUUCUUGGACCACCAACCGCCGCCGUACGGUCCCGGCGGCGGGCGCCGGCCGCCACCGCAGUACGGGCCUGAGGACGACAUUGACGCGCCGCCGCCGAAGCGCCGCCUGCCGCCGCCGGCCGGUAACGGUAACGGUUACGCCGCCGGUUAUGGCCACGAUGGCCCCGAGCUGGGGCCACGUGGCGGCGGUGGCUGGGGUGGCGGCGGCGGCGGCGGCGGUCCGCCUAGCCGGGAGCGCCAGGGUCCGCCGCCGUCACGCGAGCCCUGGGACCGGCCGUCGCGUGGCGAGGCGGCGGAGGGCUAUGCCCGUGGCGGCUACCCCCGCGGCGGCCCGCCGCCGGAAGACGACGAUGGAGCAGAGCGACGCGGCCGAGCAAUGGACUGGGACGGCCCCGGGCCGGGGCCGCGGCCGUUGCGCCGCCAAUCGCGGCCGCCGCCUCUCGAGCGUGGGCCGCCGCCAAGUGAAUGGGACGAACGUGGCGGCGGCGGCGGCGGCAGCAGGGAGUGGGAGCAUGGGGACCCCAGGGCAGGGCCGCCGCCGCAGCGGCGGCGCUCGGGGCCGCCGCCAGGGCACGGCGAGGCGCCGCCGGGUUACGGGCCCGGUGACGAAUGGGAGCGAGGCGGCGAGUGGGACCGACACGAGCGGGGUGAGCGCGGCCGGCCAAGGGAUCGGGAGUGGCGCGGCGGCGGCGGCGGCCCCCCGAGGGGGGAGCGCGGCGGGCCGCGGGAGCGGGAGGAGGAGCGGGAGGAGGGCUCUCCGCAGCGGCCGCGGCGCGGCGUCUGGGUGGAGGUGCAACCCCCGCAGGCGGGCGGCGCGGCGGCCGACGGCGCGACUGGCGGCAGGGAUGGGCAGCUGCCGCCGCAGCAGCGCCGGAAGCAGCAGGCCGCAAAUGCGGCGGCCGAGGCCGCCGCCGCCGCCAACGGCAAGGACGCCGCCGGCGCCGGCGCCGCCAGCACUGCCGCCGCCGCCGCCGCCACAGCUGCCGCUGCCACCGCUGCUACAGCCGGGGCUGGCUCGGGCGCUGCUGCUACAGCCGCGGGUGCGGCGGCGCCCAGUGAGACUGCGGAGGUGUGGUUCUACGUGGACCCCACAGGCAACACGCAGGGCCCCUGCUCCAUACGCCAGUUCCGCAGCUGGCUCAAGUAUCUGGCUCAGGACGUGCAGUACAAGGACGAGUACGUGAAAUUCAAGUCAUGCCAGGUGUGGCAGGAGGGCGGCGGCGGCGCCGGAUCUGGCGCGGCGGCGGCAGCGGCCGGCGGUGGCGGCGCCAGCCGCCGGACCACUUUGGCGCAGUUGCUUCAGCGGCUGGGAGGGACAUCGUGAGGUGUGGCACGAGGUCGUGAGGAAGAGGGGAAUGGAAAGGGGCAGGUAGAUCGCGCCGCAUGGGGUUUGGUUUCAGGGGACCGUUGGCCAUGGCAACCUGGUGGCGCUCAGCGUGUUUGUGGCGGUGGUGGGAGGUGCGGUACUGUGCAGGGUGGGCUCCACGGCGCGUCGGUGACGGAGCCCGUGGCGGCGUGGGUGACGGAGCUCGCGGCGGCCUGGGUGGGUGGGUGAGUCCUCGACCGCGCCCAGCAGGUAAAAGCGGGGCUCGACAUAGACACACGGACAUGUGCACUGCCGGGCGGGCGUCGCCCCCUUGGGAAGCGGAGACGAGCGUUCGGCAACGGCUGAGUUUUGCUGCGAGCGCGCGCGCGCGCGCAUAAACACACACGGGUGGGCAGCUGCGACUGCCAAAAUUGUGGCUUAGGCUGCAGCGUGCGUGGCUGUUGGGCGGGUCGGGUUGGGUUGCGGUAGCCGUCGCUGCAGGAGGGCCGUGGGCGCCAGCGGGAAGGCACGUGGGGGGCGCGAUGGGAAGUUUGGUAUUGCAGGAUGUGCUUCAUACGUGGGUGCGGGUGGGUGCACCAGGGUGCACGGGCUGUGGCCCGAGCAGGGAUGGCGCGCGUCUGCCUUUUGGGGGGCAUCCUUGCGCGCACGCAAGUGCGUGUAGAUGUCAGGGUAAGCCAAAUCGCGCGCGCGUGUGCGCGUGCGUGCGUGUUUGCGUGUCUGGCCGGUUGGUGGGUACGGCAUGUGUUGUCGCACGGCGGGUCGGCCAACGGACUGGGCGCAGCCACGACGGUGCACUUACGUGUGUCGGGCGCAGCACGGGUGACGCGUGCAAUGCAGGGGCGCAGCCGUGUGUGCAUGCGUGUGUAGUGGUGGUGGUGGUGGUGGUGGUGGUGCGUAUUGGGGGCUUACCGUGUUUUGGGGUUUCGAGCUGUUUUGGGGGUUCGUGCGUGGCUGCCUGGCUGGUAGGGCGCAUGUAGGGCGCAUGUAGGGCAUGACUGAUGAGGGUGAGGUGCGGUGUGGUGCGGUGUAAAGCCGUGGUGCGCCAAGUCCCAGGGGCAAUCUGUCAGGGACGACCGGACGCAUAUCAGCAGACCCAAGCAAAGCCGGCCAAGCUAAGCCGACCAGGGGUUGGGUCCUGUGCAGCUAAGUGCAGCGCAGCGGAUGUGCGAUAGAUAUGGCGGUGGUGGUUGGUGCAACUUCGUGUGUACGGUUUUAUGACUGUCCGAGUGUCCGUGUCCGUUCUUAAGUCCCU